GCGCUACGAAGCAGCAGCAACAGCGGAUUUCGCGCGUCGGCGGCGUAUAAAAUACAGCUAAUAAAUAUAAAUGUAGUGUGUACCUAGUCAUGCGCGAGUAAAAUAGGCGGAUUUGGGUUAACGCAGCGACGAUUGAUAGCGCGCGUCUCGCCAAAUCGCUACUUCGGUAGCGCGCUCACAGUCGCUAAUAAUCGUUAACGACAGCACUCCGCUCAGCGCGCGCUCACACCUACACAACCACUUGCAUGUACGUGCUCACCGCUCAGGCCACCCACCGCCAGUCGCACGACCGCAAAGCCAAAGAGACCAACCACAAGAGAUACACAUCAUUCACACAAUUCACAUCCGCCUUUGUAAGCUGGGAGGCAACGAACCAGCAAGCGAGCACAGACAGACGACAGCGUCGGCAGCACGACGCAUCAGCUGAGCCGUACACAGUCUAGCUGUGAACUGUGGUCUUGGGUGGACGCUCUGUGAGCCACUUUUGCUUUUAUUUUCAAACAAAAUUAAGAAUAACAAUAGAAACACGGUUGCUGCCGCUUUGUAAUCGUCGGUGGCUACCUACCACACCACAAAGAGCUGAUGAUUCUUCAGUCUGCCAAAGCGCUCGUGUCACGUUGGUGGUGCAUGCGAAAAGCAUAAAGCGAAGAAUGAAAAUUUUCUAAAAUACAAAUAAGUAAAUAAUUAAAUAAUAAUGCAAAUAAGUAUAUAAAUUUGGGUGCUGCUUUGUUGCCAUUAAAUUAAUUUCUGUUUGGCGUUCGGUGCUCGCGAACAGAGACGCGGAAAACGUUGGGCGCGUUUGAAGAAACAAGCAGAAAUCAUACGUGUGUUGAAAUGAAUUAAUGUGUUCGAAAUCAUAACAAAAACAAUGCAGCGCGUGUGUGUGUGCUCCGCCAUAAACUAAACAAAUUACGAAAGACGCCAGAAAAGCUGGCGCUCCAACUGAAAAUAAGCAUAUAAAUAAAAAAAUAAAUAAGCCAAGGGCGGCGGAGUGUUGAGUUUACAAACAGUGUGUGCAUUUUACAUAUCGAGAUUAGGGCCAAGCGCAGCGAAUUCUUCUAAAAGUGUGUUCAUUGGAAAUAGAAUUCGAGCGUUUUGUGUUGAAGUCAACAAGCAAUAAAGUGGCGGGCAGCAGAGCUGUGCAAAGAAGUGCUGUUAGAUAGUUCCAGCGCGGCGCGGCGGUCACAUCAGAGUAAACGACACUCUGGCAACCUCAGCGCCAAGUACAUGAAACAAGUGCGUCAAAUAUCAAAUUCAAACAAAUUUUAGCAACCAUUUAAAGCUGAAGAAAUACAAGACAAUUUAACAAAGUAAAAUAUGCAGAGAGGCUUUUUGCAGCGCGCCAAUAAUUCUAAACGACGCUUAUGCCAUGUAAAUGCCGCGGAGAGUGAAACGAGUUAAGUGUACCAUAUUUGCGAGGCAAAAGUAACAAUCAAAUUGAAUAAAUUAUGAGUGAAUUGUAGACGAAAGUCAUUGAGUGCACUAUGUGAAGUUUUGUGGCGUCACAAAUGGUCGUUAACUCACAAACCGUUAGCUAACGUGCUCAAACAAAUAAAAAAAAUUAACUAAACGUGCAGCAGAAAAAAGCUUAAAGUGUAAAAAUAGAGGCAAAUCAACAAAAAGAAUAAAAUUUUAUAAAAAAGAAAGAAAUUGAUAUAAUUUUUAAAAAUUAAAACUAUUGUUUAGUAAGCGGUGCGCUUAAACAUGGAUGAGGAAAAGUUAAACACGCCGUUAGUGUCGAAGGAGACAUCCGACAGCGCGAUUAUCGUGCCACAAGCCGCCGCCGUGGCCACUGGCGCAGCGACAACAGCCGGUGUGGGCGACAAUGGCACACCGACUGCUGCCGCACAGCAAAGACAAGCUGCCGCCGCCGCCACUACAACUGCAGCCAGCGAUGCGCUGAAUGGCACAGCCACAACCAAUGUCAAUUUGAAUGCAAAUACUCAGUUGAGCAUAGCAGCGCCAGUGUUAUUGCAGCCGCAGCAGCAGCAGCAACAGCCACAACAACUAACACUACUGCCCUACAGCAACCAUACAAAUUUUGUUGGCAACAAUCUGAAGAAUGGCGCUCUAAGUCACAACUCGCAAAAUAAUCUAUGCAAUGGCGGUAUUCCCAGUCAAAAUCACAUACUCGCACCAAAGAUACAAAAUAGCUGCAGUCCAAAUGGUCACAAGAAAGGCACCGUCACACUGUCACACCUGCCACAGCGGCCGCCAGUCGACAUCGAGUUUGCUGAUAUUUCAUAUUCCGUCUCGGAAGGACGAAGGCGCGGCUUGAAGACCAUACUGAAAAGUGUAUCGGGCAAGUUUCGCAAUGGCGAACUCACCGCCAUCAUGGGACCGUCCGGUGCGGGGAAGAGUACACUUAUGAACAUUCUGGCCGGCUACAAAACAUCGCAGCUGAGCGGCUCGGUGAUGAUCAAUGGCAAAGAGCGUAAUCUGCGGCGUUUUCGUAAACUUUCCUGCUACAUCAUGCAAGAUGAUAUACUCAUCGCAAAUCUCACAGUGCAUGAAGCCAUGAUGAUCUCGGCCAAUCUCAAGUUGGGCAAAGAUAUGAAUUUGGCAGCCAAACGCGUUGUUGUACACGAGAUACUCGAAACGAUCGGUUUGAAGGAUUCCAGUAAUACGAAGACCUGCAAUCUGUCGGGCGGACAACGUAAACGACUCUCGAUCGCACUCGAGUUGGUUAACAAUCCACCAGUGAUGUUCUUUGACGAGCCGACAUCCGGUUUGGAUAGUUCAACGUGUUUCCAGCUAAUUUCUUUGCUCAAGUCGUUGGCACGUGGCGGUCGCACUAUCGUUUGCACCAUUCACCAGCCGUCGGCGCGUCUCUUUGAAAAGUUCGAUCACUUGUACAUGCUCGCCGAGGGCCAGUGCAUGUACGAAGGACGCGUACGCGGUCUGGUGCCAUUCCUCUCGUCGCUCGGCUACAACUGCCCUUCAUAUCACAAUCCGGCCGAUUAUGUGCUGGAGGUAGCCAGCGGCGAGUAUGGCGAAUCUGUGCAAAAGCUGGUGGCGGCGGUCAAAAGCGGCGAGUGCAAGAAAUUCAGUCACAAAGACUACGGCUUAACGGCCGUGCGCGGCAUAGCCAAUGACAUUGUCAAAGGUGACAAUGACUGCAACAACUCCAACAGCACAAGUACGAACAAUGCAACUCUGACGGCAACCACAACCCUAACACUGGAGGAUGAAAAAUGCAAAAUGGAUGAAAUGUCCAGCACUUUAAUGUCACAUUCGAAUGCACUCAAUAAUCCCAUCUUGGAGACGCAACAAUCACAACUAUCCGACUGCACAGUGAUCAACUUGAACAUUCCAAACAGCAACAAUGACAAUGGCAACUCCAACAGCGGACUGCCCUACAGCUGCAGCUUUAGUUCGAAGGGCGGCCAAGUUGCGCUCACCGGCGCUGCUGAGAAGGCAGCCGCCGCCGGUUGCACCACCUCGCUCUUGGACUCGCACGAAAGUGUUGUCACGCUGCCCAACAGCUCGGGCUUCCCCACCAGCGGCUGGACGCAGUUCUGGAUUCUGCUGAAGCGCUCGUUUGUGACCAUCAUGCGCGAUCGCAUGCUGACACAUAUGCGUUUGGCCUCGCACGUCAUUGUCGGCGCCAUUAUCGGCAUGAUCUACUACGAUGUGGGCAAUGAAGCUUCGAAAGUGAUGAGCAAUGCGGGUUGUAUAUUCUUCACCACGCUCUUCACCAUGUUCACGGCGAUGAUGCCGACGAUAUUGACGUUUCCUACUGAAAUGUCGGUGUUUGUGCGUGAGCACUUGAACUAUUGGUACUCGCUGAAGGCAUUCUACUUUGCCAAGACAAUGGCUGAUCUGCCCUUUCAGAUCGUCUUCUCCAGCGUCUAUGUGAUCGUCGUCUACUAUUUGACCUCCCAACCCAUGGAGUGGAUGCGCAUCUCGAUGUUCGUCUUCAUUUGCGUGCUCACCUCGCUGGUGGCGCAGUCGCUCGGCCUACUCAUCGGUGCUGGCAUGAAUAUCGAAGCGGGCGUCUUUCUCGGCCCCGUCACAACAAUACCAACCAUACUCUUCUCCGGCUUCUUCGUUAACUUCGACACCAUACCGGGCUACCUGCAGUGGGUGACCUAUGUCAGCUAUGUGCGCUAUGGUUUCGAAGGCGCCAUGGUGUCGAUAUAUGGCAUGGAUCGCGCCAAAUUGGAGUGCCAUGAAAUGUACUGCCAUUUUCGCAGUCCCAAGAAGUUCUUGGAGGAGAUGUCAAUGGACAAUGCCGAGUACUGGAUAGAUGCGGUGGCACUGCUCGGCACUUUCGUGGCGUUGCGUAUUAUCGCGUAUUUCGUGCUGCGCUGGAAGCUGCACCUCAUACGCUAAGCGCUCGUCGCAUAUAUAUAGUAUAUAGUUGUACGGUGUAAUUAUAUUAUGUAUAUCUAUGUUAUGUAUUUAUAAGUAGAGACAGUCACAAAGACAGUUCCAUAAGCAUUUCACGCUGAUUUCAGUUUGUUUGGGAUCAUACGUUUAAUGUGUGUGUGUGUUUUUUAUACCAUAUAUAUUGAACUUGAUAUUAUUUAGCGUCUUCAAUUGAUAUAAAUAUUUUUUAUUAUCGUAGAAUUUUUACGCAUACGGAUCAUGUAAUUUACUAGUAAUCAAAUAACUGUACUAUAUGUAUGUAUGUAUAUAUAUUAAGAUGCAUGCUUGCUUGCGGUGCUUUAAUUUUCUUUCCACUCCCCACUUUUGUUACUACAUAAGAAUUUUUAUGGCAAAAAGUUGGCAUAUUUGUAAGAUUAGCGCAUAAAUAGCUUGAAAUAUUAUUAUAGGAAAUAUUAGAUUUUCAAUAAAACACUACAAAUCAAAAUGAGACAGCUUUAUUAUACAAGAUAAAGAGAUAUUGAAAACGUAUGCUUAAUCGAAGCGGUUUUUUUUUAGAUAUUAUACAUAUGUAUGUUAGCUACGAAUGCCACUAACCGAUGUAUGUCACCAAUGAAACGACCGUUCUCACAACAGUCGGGUCUGAAUAAUCGAAAAGGACACGGAUUUUUUCCGGCCUAGCACUGUUAGCUCGACAAUAUUCCUCGAAAUCUUUUCAGGAAUGUUUUCUGCCGCUACAACAACAAUAAAACAACAACCAACGAAGUCGCCCUUAAAACUGUUUGGUACAUAUUCGAAAAUGGCGACCAAGUAUACCACAGUUAGCUUGAACUAUGCAAAAUUGGAACAGUUUUUCGAAAACCCAUUGAGCCAUUAAUUUUGUUACGAUAACCCUUAUAGCGCCAAACAUCACUAAAAACGAAGAUUUUUGAGUAAAAAUUAUCACUAGUAUUCAAAAAGAUUUCUAAAUUUUAUAAUUUUGUUUCCUUACUUUUUAUUUUUAAACAUUUAGGUUAGAUUUGUCUGAAUAAAAUUCACCAUAUUGCCGCCUAAAAUUUAUUGCGCCAUUUCCUUGAAUUCGCGUGAAUUUUAUUUAUAGAUUAUAGCAUACUUUUCAGCGCGGAAAAUUUGAUUUAAUACGAACAAAUUGCGGCCAAGAAAUAAUAACUGAAGAUUUUAUUGCUCGAUAGUUUAUCUUCACAUUUAAAAAUUGAUGCCAGGAAAUAUUUCAAAGCUAAGAGUCUUGGUCCACGAUAAAAUAUUCCUUGGAAAUUAUUCGAACCCUUUAAAUAAAUUUUAAAGAAACAAAUUUCUUGCUCAUUGUUAUUAAAACUUGUCACUAGGGAAAAAUUUGCAAAUAUCAUAUGCUGGUUCCCUUCAGUUCUUCGUUACACCCAUCUUUCUCUUUCUGGACCAGAUUGUCUGCGAUAAAUUUCAAUUAUCAGGCAGAAGAAUGUCAAGUGAAGGUAUUUUAUUUCGAUAAAUUGUUGACUUAGAUUCGACUACACAGAAAGGCAUACUUCUAGGCUAACGGGAUAUUUUAGUUAGUAGUAUUUGUGAUGGGAAUACACUCUUUUAGGUUCGUUUACUCAAUCAGUCAGCUGUCAGUUAAGUUUUGGUUAAAAAAAUGUUAUUUACCUAUUAAAAAAUCUCUUUACCGUUUAAGUUAACCAGUAAUUAUCUGAUAGAAAACGGUCAUAAGUUGUGUUCAGAUCUAUGAAAUCGAGACGACAACAAAGAUGAAAGGCUCUUUUGAUUCACUUCAAUUCAAAAUAUAAUUAAAAAAAGAAAGUAUAUAUAAAAAAGUACUCUUUGGAAAACGCCCAAAAGUAUGCACAAAAUUAAACCCAAAUUGCCAUUUAUAACAGACAAAUUCGUAUGUAAAUAUGUGUGUUACAAACAAAGCCAUUAUUCGCUCUCCAACAGCAAAUGAUUUAUAUCCCACAUUUAUAAAGACAUAUUAAUUUAAACACACUUAAUCCAAAAAAUAAUAAUAAAUUCAUAAUAUUUUUAAGAAAAGGUUACAAGCAAUUAUGUACAAGACGCGAUAUAUAUGUAUACUCGAUAUAUGGCAUUAAGAAACCGUCAAAGAAGAAGCUGAAGCAAGCAUGCUGAGGUGAUAUUGAAGAAAUUGUGAUAUGUCUGCGUUGUUUGAUAUUAAUUUCUUUUAAUAAUAAAAUAAAAAAUUGUAUUAGAAAGUCUAACUACAUUAUACUCGUACAUAAAGAUUUUUUUCACUUGCUGCAAUGCCAAAUACUAUAGAGAUCUGUAUGUAAAAUAUGUUUGAAUAUUUCUUUUUGGUAUUUUAUUGUGCGCUUUUGGCGUUUACUUUUUAUUAAAUAAAUAAAAUAAGUGUAAAUAAUAUUAUAAAAUUUUUUUCUGCCUUGAAAAAGUUGGAAUUUGUAUGUGAUGGACUUUAUGAGCAUUGAUUGUGUGUUUGGAAAACGUUUUUAGAUCAAUAUAGUGCGAACUGUUUUACCUAUUAUGAAGUAGUUUAUUUUUGUAGUGCGAUUUAGGUUAAGUGUUGGAAACUAACGAAAUUCGUAAGAAAAAAACUUAAGAAAGAUAGUAAAAAAGUUGAAAGGUGCGCAUAACCGGGUUUUAAUGUAAGAAGUGGUGGACUGUUGAGUAUCUCAAACGAAAUAUAAAAGUAGAUUCAUGAUUUUAAUGGAAGCUAUGUUUGAGAAGACGAAUUUUAGAUUGCGUAGGCUAAGUGGUUGCAAAUUAGAGUUGUAAUGUUCAAGUGAGUCAAGAAGAAAGAAAUUGCAAUAAACGCAUUUUGUAUAAUGUUUGCUAUUUAAAUGAACACACUUAUAAAGUCAUCCGUUUGAAGCAUAAAAGUAAGCAAUACAAUUUUCUUAAGGCGCGAGUUUUUGAAAAUUUUUUUGCAUUUUUUCGCUAAAAUGUCAUCUUCUUUUUCUAUAGAGAAGCCUCACUUUCGUGUCAAGACAUAAAUAGCCAGGAAGAUUAAAUAAAAAAAGUUAAUUAUACAUCAUUUAUAAUUAUAAAAUACUUGAACUGAUUAAAAAAUUAAGAAAAAAUUAAGAAAAAAUUUAUAAAAAUGCAAACUGUAAGAAAAAAUUAAAAAUAGAAUAUAAUAUCUUAGUGUGCACUAAACCAUUAAAUUAUGAAAAACUUAAAACAAAAACUCAGUAAGAGCAUCUACACAGACAUAUAAAGUAAUAGUUGAAAGAAAAGUCCCUCAUAAAAACCUAACCUAUCAAAA